AGAAAUCAGUCUUCAAUCGGCUUUUGGAAGGAGAGGUGGUCAUCAUGUCGGAGGAGAAUGCAUUGAUUGAAAUUCCCCGCAGCGAUUGGACUAAGCUGCGAGAUCUGUAUGUCCAUAAGGAUACCGACCCCCAAGGGUAUCUGUGCAUAAAUAAUUUCAUCAAGUGGGUGGAAAAGGACCCAGAACUGAAAGCUACAUGCCUAUCCUUAAAUGGAGACUGGGAGACCGAUGGCACUUUUGUUUUAACUGUGGAUUUGGAAACACCUCUUAAGCACCUAUACUUUAAUACUCUCGGCGACAAUUUGGACCGUGCGAUAAAAGCCCUAGAAUGCCUUGAGUCCUUUGAGAAGAAAUACACCUUUUUUGGAUUUUGUUCCCGACUAAAGCCGGCGGUGGACCUUAUUGGCAGGAAAUACUAUACCGACAAAGGUCCACUUAUUGUGGAAACUAUUUGGUACAGAGCACGUAAAGAAGUUAUAGAUACCUUUACUAUUGAGGCCCCCUCUGGCAUAACUCUCUUGAACUUGGCUCUGGAAGACGCCGAAGCCAUUAAUGAAAUCUGGCCACAUCGCUCACCCGGCUCAAUAAACUUUGUUAGAAAGUUAAUCAAGUACAAUGUAAAUGUAGGAGCCUAUGACGACCACGGAAAGUUGGUCGCCUGGUGUUUGAGAUUGCCGAUUGGAUCUUUGGGUCUGUUGCAGGUUUUGGAAUCACACAAACGACUGGGCCUGGGCAGCCUUUUGGUAAAAUUUAUGGCCAAGAAGAUUUCCGCACUAGGAGAUCAAGUUGUGGCUCCUGUGGUUACCAAAAACACUGCCUCGAGGAGAAUGUUCGAGAAAAUUGGUUUCGAAGCCAUCGACACAACCUAUUGGGCUGAUUAACAACAUCACCACACAAAUUUAAAAAAAUGUAAAGUGUUUUCGACCCGAUUUAGUGCAUUCAAAUCAAGUGUGAAAAGCUCUUGAGUCAAAAAUAAAAUAUGGUUCAAAUUAGGAACUUAUUCUUCUAAAA